ACUGAAAGUGGGCCUGGCGGAAGUGACGUUAUCAACGCGCGCCUGGAGUUCACGGGGGUCAGGAAGGGUCCCCGUGGCGGGCUCCUCGGCCGCCUGCGACUUCACUUCGUUUGCGCGGGAUGGUAAUAGUCUCUGCAGCGACUCCAGCAUCAUCAUCACUGUUCCCUGGUAUGAGUGAAGAUACUGUAGACAGUUGAGGAAGUUGCUACGAAGAGUGCUGGGAUGCUCUAGGAAAAAAUUGAAUGCUGAACCAAGUUCCAGUCCAAAGGUUUUUGAUUUGCCGAGAAGAAGGUGACCAUAAUGGAUCAGAACAACAGCUUGCCACCUUAUGCUCAGGGCCUGGCCUCCCCUCAGGGCGCCAUGACUCCUGGAAUCCCUAUCUUCAGUCCGAUGAUGCCGUAUGGAACAGGACUGACUCCACAGCCUGUUCAGAAUGCCAACAGUCUGUCCAUCCUGGAGGAGCAACAGAGACAGCAGCAGGCAGCAGCUCAGCAGGCAACAUCCCAGCAGGCGACACAGGGGGCCUCAGGCCAGACCCCGCAGCUCUUCCACUCACAGACUCUCACAACUGCACCCUUGCCAGGCACCACGCCUCUGUAUCCUUCCCCCAUGACCCCCAUGACCCCCAUUACCCCUGCCACGCCGGCCUCGGAGAGCUCUGGGAUUGUGCCACAGCUGCAAAAUAUCGUAUCCACAGUGAAUCUUGGCUGUAAACUUGACCUAAAGACCAUUGCACUUCGUGCCCGAAAUGCUGAAUAUAAUCCCAAGCGGUUUGCUGCUGUCAUCAUGAGAAUCAGAGAGCCCCGGACCACUGCACUGAUAUUCAGUUCUGGGAAAAUGGUAUGCACAGGAGCCAAGAGUGAAGAACAGUCCAGACUAGCUGCAAGAAAAUAUGCCAGAGUUGUACAAAAGUUGGGUUUUCCAGCUAAGUUCUUAGACUUCAAGAUCCAGAACAUGGUGGGGAGCUGUGAUGUGAAGUUCCCCAUAAGGUUAGAAGGUCUUGUGCUGACCCACCAACAGUUCAGUAGUUAUGAGCCAGAGUUAUUUCCUGGUUUAAUCUACAGAAUGAUCAAACCCAGAAUUGUUCUCCUUAUUUUUGUUUCUGGAAAAGUGGUAUUAACAGGUGCUAAAGUCAGGGCAGAGAUUUAUGAAGCAUUUGAAAACAUCUACCCAAUUCUGAAGGGUUUCAGGAAGACGACGUAAUGGCUGUUAUGUACCCCUCCCUCUCCCACCCAACUUGUUUUUUGUUUUUGUUUUUUUAAUAACAAAUCAGUUUUGGUACAUUUAUGUGGCUGUGUUGUGAAUGGCCCUGAUUUGGUGAGAAGAUGGACUCUCAGUUGUGGGUCGCAGCAGCAGGUGAAGCUCUCCUGCAUGUGUCCCCUCAGGCCAGGAAGGUCACCUCUGCAGAGAACACCCAGUGUUUCAUCAGUUGCACACAUGGUGCUGCUAUUUGGGCAGCACUGCCCGUUUAUUUAUAUUUAGAUUUUAAACACUUACUGCUGUUGAGAAGUUGGUUUAAGGGACAAAACUUUAAGUGUUAAAGCCACCUCUACAAUUGAUGGGACUUUUUAAUUUCUUCCCCAUAAACCAGUUUUUAUAUUUCUACCAGAAAAGUAAAAAUGUUUUUUAAGAGUAUUGGUUUUCUAAUUUGUAACUCCUAGGGGUUGUUUUUGUGCCAGACACAUUCCGCCUUUUCAGUAUUGCAGAACAGAUGUAUGAAUGAAAACGGCUGUACAUAUUUUCUUCCUUCAGAAUACUCUGUACAAUAAAUGCUGUUUAUAAAGUGUUA